AUGGCCGACUACCUAUCAUCUCUCACCUUCCUCACCGAUAACCCUGCUGCUGCAGCUAUCAACGAUGCAUACUCCUCGUUCUCCGACCGAAGGGCACUGCUCAACCUGCCCAACCCUGGCACUGUCGAUAACCUCGCCAGAGAAGUGCAGAAAGAUGUCCUCUUGACCAACUUCAUGUUCUCCGGUCUCCGGGCAGAUCUUACCAAGGUCCUGGGCAUGUCCCCUCUGUUCCGUGUGUCGCAUGCAUUCUCUAUGGGCUCAACCGGCAACCUGCCUCCGUAUGCUUUCUCCGCCAUGUACGGAAGCCCGAAGUGGUUCUUGCAAGGCAACUACGGUAGUGAUGGUGCGCUUGCCGCCGUCGCCAACUACCGCUGGAACACGGCCCUUGUCACCAAGACCAAUACUCAGAUCAUGAAUGGAGGUACCCAGGGCUUGAUCCAGAUCGAUAACGACUACACUGGCCGUGAUUUCUCGGCUUCCCUUAAGGCCUUCAAUCCUUCGUGCCUCGAUGGUAGCCUCACCGGUAUCUUCGUCGGCAGCUAUCUCCAGUCCAUCACUCCUGGUUUGGCUCUCGGAUUUGAGGCUAUCUGGCAACGCCAGGGCAUCACCGCCCGCCCUGAGACCGCUCUUUCCUACUCCGCCAAGUACAAGGGUGAUGACUGGAUUGGUACCGCCCAGCUGCAGGCUCAAGGCACUUUCAGCGCCACGUACUGGCGCAAGCUGUCUGAGCGUGUUGAGGCCGGUAUUGACAUGAACCUUCAGCUCCAACCCUCUCCCGCUACUCUCAUGAUGGGCGGUCCUGCUCGUGACGGUACCACCGCCAUUGGUGCCAAGUACGACUUCCGUGCUUCUUCGUUCCGCGCCCAGGUUGACAGCACCGGUAAGGUCAGCUGUCUCCUCGAGAAGCGCAUUGCCAUGCCCAUCUCUCUCUCUUUCGCUGGUGAGAUCGACCAGGCCAAGCAAACGGCCAAGCUCGGUCUUGCCGUUUCCCUCGAGCUUGCGGGUGAGGACGUGAUGGAGCAGCAGGAGAAGAUCGAUCCUGCUAGCAUGAUCCCUCCUCCCUUCUAA